UUUUUACCUGUGCAUCCAUAUGUCAAUAUACGUAUUUUCUGACGUAUUUGAAAUUUGGUGCUAAAAUGUUUAUUUAUUCAGAAUUAAUUUAAGAUACUAUUUAAAUUUCUAAUAAUGGGAAUAAUACAGUCGGUAUGUUGUUCUAUAAUUUUCUGCGUGGAAAGGGUUUUAACCUGGACCUGUUGUGCUUUUCUCCUUAUGCUGUUAAUGUUUACAAUCGUCAUACUCAUGAUAUAUGGAAUAUCAGUCGGCUAUCAUUAUGCACAAAAGGAGCUCGCCGCUUUUGCAAUGUCAUCGCGAUCAACGACAGAGUCGAACAUGUUAAGAGGAGGAGCAGAGCAACCUAUCGUACGACUUGUCGCCGUCAAUCGGACGGAAGUUGAACACGCACCACAACCGAUCUUAGAAGUACAGCGUUCGGCCCGAAAGAGAGGUGGCGAGACGAUUUACUUAGAGAAGUCCAAGGCGCCGGUGGUUGUUUUAGAAACCGAAAGUCCACCCAAGGAGCCUGAGCUGUCACCACAAGAAAGGGAACUUGCAAAGCGAAUUAUUGGACGAUAUCGUCGUUCGAGAAACAGUACGUCAGAAAUCCCAUUCUUUCGGCCACUCAACAGCACAGAACCAACUUUGAAAUCAUCUUUAGCCGCCUUUUUAUAAUAUAUUUGGACUUUCCUUUUUUUCAUAUAGGUUUAUUAGACUCACCA